AUGGCUGAUCUAUUACAUGGUUUGAAUGACAGAAAACUUUGGUUCCCAUGUAAAUAUUUCACAUUAAAUGCUGCUUCUCUUUCUGUGAUUGCUGUCGCAAUGAAGUUGCCCAUGGAUAUAAAUGAUUCAAUGCCAUAUAAUGUGGAUCAGGCUGCAAAGCUGGGAAGUAUGGCUUAUAUGUGCACGAUGAUGGCUAAUAUAUUACCUUCGUUAGCAUCCAUGAACAACAAAGAACUUCUUACAAAUAUCAUAGCAUUGGAUGUUCUGGUGAUCACCUUGGUUGUGAAUGUGUGCAUUCAAAUAGACACUGGCUUGGUUGCUAAUGAUGGCGGUCUUGCUAUUUUUAAUGGCGGUGCUUAUCUUAGAUUUGUAAAAUCUCAUAAUUGGUUGAUCGCCAUUAUAUAUGUUGUCAUGCUACUCUUUUUGCUGAUAAUUUACACAUGUUCAGCUUUAACAAUUCUCAAAUCCAAACAAAUAUUAGAAUCGAAAUACCAAAGAGGUCAUGAAACAGCUUUGAAGGACCUGGAGUCACAAGAAGAAGGAAGAUCAACAGUCGAGAAGCUAAAGCAGCAUGUGAACCACUGUUGGAUCAUGGCAGGAACUAGCAGCCCUCAAUUCAUCACAGUGUGCUCAGCAACAACCUGUGCUGCUGGGGUAAUAUGUGUUUCAAGCACUGUCAUACAUAUUAUUAUAAUUAUGCAUUUCACUAGACCGUAUAUGAUGUAUUAUGGGUCAGAUUAUAAUUGGUCAACUUUGUUGAUUCUCCUAACUCAAUUUAUCGGUGUAUUAUUGGGUACAAUCGCCCCUCUUUCUAGAUGUUUUGCAUGCUUGAGUUUUAAGGUGUCUAUAAAAUGGAUUUGGAAUGAUAUCAAGGUUUACAAAGUAGAGAGCUAUUGUACCGAGAAGUUAUGUGAUUGGAAACAAAGAAGUAUACCAUUCAAAUUCAGUAACCGCAGAUGCAAGAUUGUUAUGCAGAAUCUGAAGGUCCUAAUUCUCAGCCUUUGUAUAGGAUUUCAGAAGACAAUUGUGGUAGCAUGCAAGAUGACAAUGAUGAUUCCAGUUUUUGUUGUAAUGUGUGUCUUGUAUUCCAAACAUUUUUGGAACUGGUUGAAGGCCAAGUUUAGUUCAUCAGUGACUGCACUCGUAGAAAAGCCCGAUCAACUUGAACAAUAUAAAGAUCUUAGUCAGUAUGCUUUGCAACUUCAAGAUGAUAGGGAGCUCACUAAGAGAACAUUGAAAGACAUUUCAAAAUCUGUGAACUACUUGAUCCAAAAGGCCGAAAAGCAACAACCUACCAAUCUAAUGAAGCUUCUAGAGGGAUCUCGUGGUUUUGAAGGAGUCGGACUGUAUGACAUUAACCAAGUUCCACCUUCACUUGCAGGUGAAUAUUUAGAGUGUUGGAGCUUAACGGUGGUAACUUUGACAACCAUUGCCAUUUCUCUUCCUAGCAUCCAAAAAGAAAUAGUUGAUAAGUUGCUGAGCGGUGUAAGUGAAGGUCUUACAUAUGUUACACUCGUUGAAGAAAGCCUCAAUUCUACGGAUGAUUAUGCAAACAUUCAAAAGGCGUCUAAAAUGUUGUGGCUAGAAGUCGAAGUGUACUACAAAUGGUUAGGAAACAACCUGCAAAGUGUUGCUACUCAAGUAAAUUCGGUUGAACAAAUCCUUCAACGGUUCACGGAUGCAGCUAAAUACUUGAUCACUAAGGUGGAAAAUACAGAUAUUAAUGUCCCAUUGGAUAACUCCAUCUGCAGGUUUAUUUCUGCCAAUUCAAUGUAUCGUAUCACCCAGGCAAUCUUACUUUCCUACUACGCAAACAUUGAAGAGACAAGCCACGAGGAACUAUUUAUGAGAUUAUCAUCAAUGAUCUCUGACAUAUUAGCUGCUUGUCUUACCAACUUACCACAAGUCAUUGCAUUGAAAUGCCACACAAAUGCCAUAGAGAACAGGGAGGUGAGUGUUCAUGCUGCAGCCCAACUUCUUGGUGAGACUAUGAAAAUAAUCGAUAGCCUUGAAGAUCGUGAACUUCCAAAUUUGAAUCCAGCUGAGUUGCCAUUUCUUGACAAGUGGCGUGAUUAUUUUAAAUGUUCUAUUCCUUAA